AUAUUUACUGAUCCUAAAGAAGAAACUCCGACCCAGGUGCUCCUCCUCCUUCCCAUUCUCCUAAGCUUUUCCCUCUCUUAAUUCCUGCUGUUCCUUUCUUUCCAAGUCACUGUUGAUGGGUUUCUUCUGUGGGAGAUUUGAUGGCACAAUAAUCAUAGCAGAAAUUUUCCAGCAGAACAUUUUCUCAGUCAAUCUUAUCAAGAAUAUGCUCGCUUUUAUACUCUCUUAUGUUCCCCUGUUAAGCAAAUAUGAACAAGAUCCUGAUGGUUUCUCAGAGGAAUACCCUCGCCCUUCUUCUUUGCUAGUCCCAGUUCCCGUCCACUGCAUAGUUGAAUCCAGGAAGGAGAAACUUGUGUCAGUAGAAUAUAGUCGCCUUCUGGAGAGGUCAGGUGCAAAUGAAGGUACAGGUACAUGUAAAGAAAGUGAUUCCAAAUGUGCGAUAUGCUUGAAUUGCAUAGAAGAAAGGCAUGAAGUGAGAGAGCUUGGAAAUUGCUGUCAUGUGUUCCAUAAGGGGUGCAUAGAUGUUUGGAUGGAUCAGGGCCAGGUAACUUGCCCUCUCUGUAGAUCAAAGCUAUUGCCAAAUGAUCAGGAAAUGAAGCUCAAGUGUGGAGGAGAUCCAUGGAGGAAGGAGAGGAUGAUUUACCUGUUUGGUGAGGAUCAAUUUGAUUGAUCCCUUAUGCGUUCAGACAACAUCAUUGUAUGUGACUGUAAAUUAUUAAAUUAUGUUCACCUCCAAGGAGGAAGCUAGACCAAAGGGUGCUUUACUGUUGAGAUAUUAGAAAUGCUUUCCUUAUAUCAUUCUUUCCUUGUAUCAUUUAGUGUUGAGAUAU